AUGUCCGCGACAACAGUCCCUUUGGGCCAAUACCUCUUCAGAAGGAUCAAAGGACUCGGGACAGAACACAUUCUAGGUGUCCCUGGAGACUUCAAUCUCACCCUUCUCGAUGAGAUCUAUAAAGUUCCAGGCUUGAAAUGGGUAGGCUGCUGCAAUGAACUCAACGGCGCAUAUGCCGCGGAUGGCUAUACCCGAAUCAAGGGCUCCCCAGCCGCCCUAGUGACGACUUAUGCCGUGGGAGAAUUGUCAGCCAUGAACGGCGUGGCAGGAGCAUAUGCGGAGCAUGCAGGAAUGAUUCACAUUGUUGGCAUGCCAGCAAGGACCUUGCAGGAAAGUAGAGCCAUGCUGCAUCAUACCAUGGAGCCCAACAUGGACCAUGCGAGAUAUAUCCAAAUGGCUGCUCCGAUCCGAAAAACCUACGCCUAUUUGAUGGAGGAGAAAUCGAUGGCAGAGGACAUUGAUCGAGCCAUCACUGCUUGCGCCCAAAGCCGACUACCGACCUAUAUUUAUGUGCCGGCUGAUGUGGUGUCUGUCCCCCUGGACGCUAAUCGACUAGAGAUGCCUCUGGAGACCACGGUCCAUAACCCAGACAACCAGAGGGAAGAUCGGAUUGUGAGCACCGUGCUCUCCUUCAUUGAAAAAGCCUCGGAGCCUGUGAUCGUGGCCGACGUUCUCGCAAUUCGCCACGGUGGACAGACUUUGACUCAAAAACUGGCCGAGGUUACCCACUUUGAGAGUUACUCUACACCUUUGUCGAAAGGCGUUAUCGACGAGACCACACCAUACUACAACGGGCUCUACAACGGUGCAGUGUCUUUCCCGGGCGUGGCGGAUAGAAUCGAAAGCUCAGACCUGGUCAUAAAUAUUGGACCGCUACUGUCAGAUUCGAACACGGGCGGCUUCACGCGAAAUAUCAAAGACAAAAAUCUGGUCCGACUUGGUCAUGAUUUCUGCCAAAUUAAGGGCGAAAAAUUCGAGGGCUUCCACUUCCUGCCCGUCCUCAAGCGCCUUGUGGCCGCGCUCGAGGCCGAGCCGCAGAAAUAUGGUCUUCCCCGGUCAUAUAACCGGUCGAAACUGGAGGUCCCAUUGACGCACAAUACCAUAUCUGGAGAAAUUAAACAAUCUUUUGUCUGGCAGCGCAUCGGCCGGUUUUUGAAGAAGAAUGAUAUUGUCCUGGCCGAAUCUGGCACGGCACAGUUUGGUAUGCCGGACGCCAUUUUCCCGCCUGACAUCAAGUAUAUCACACAGACGUUCUGGUCAUCAAUCGGGUACACCGUUGGAGCCUGCCUGGGAGCCCUCAUUGCCGCAAAGGAGAUGAAAUAUCCCGGUCGUGUGAUUCUGAUCGUAGGCGAAGGAAGCCUUCAAAUGACCGUCCAGGAGAUCGGUUCAUACAUUAGAUAUGGUUUCAAGCCAAUCAUUUUCGUCAUCAAUAACAACGGUUAUUCUAUCGAAAGAGCAAUCCAUGGACCCGAGCAGGGCUACAACGACGUGAGCAUGUUGUGGGAUCACCAGAAGAUGCUCGAGUUCUUUGGAGCAAGGGAAGAUACCGGAGUCAAGGCAACGAGCCGAGCAUCCAAGACAGUUGAAGAGUUGGAAGCGGUGCUGAAUGACGAAGAUUUUGGAAGUGGUGACAGAAUCCAGCUGUGCGAAAUUUUCAUGGACAAGUUUGACUACCCGUGGAGGUUGACCGAGCAGAUUACAAUCUCGAGGGAGCGGAUGAAGAAGACUGCCGCGGCGAAAACUGCAUCUUGA